GCUCUUACGACAUAGAAACACGGCCCGCUGCUAGAUUGCAUAACUACAAGAUUGGCCCCCGGAACGUCACAACCAAGCCUCUUCAGGUACAGCGGAAGGGCAACAGCGGCGAAGCGGAAGAGCCUUUGCGCUCUUCAGCGCUGGUCGCGUGUGGAGCUCACGAGACCGCGCUUUGACUAAGGGACCGCUUUUCCCUACCGCUAGCGCUGGAGCCUCGCAAAGAUGAUGGUGCCGAGGGCGUACAGCUAUUCAUCGUCGCCGCCGCAGGCACUGCACAUGAGCGAGAAGAUUAGCGGGAGGAAGGGUUCAAGGAAGCAUGCAGCGCACAUCGAGAGGAGGCCUGCGACGAGGCCAGAACCGUCCGCGCGAACAGUAACGGAGCCGGUGAAGCCUGCUUCGAAACCCAUGGCCGUGCCAAAGCCGGAGCGCAGCUAUUCAGGCACUGCUCAGAGCGUACCGACGAGGACUCGCAAGGCUGUGAGACGCUUGCCCGCAACACACAUUGCGAACGCGCUCCCACCUGCCGUGGCCGCACUCUUGGCCGUAACGGAGAUUCCACCACCCAAGCCGCACCAGCUCCGGCGCAAAUCACGCGACCAACGGCGAGUGUCCAUAGAUGAGCUUGUGAGCUCAUGGAAGAGUGAUGAUACUUUGCGCGCCAGUUACAGCAGCAGUUCAGCUCUCAGCGUACUACUCGAGGAUGCGAACCGCGAUGUGGAACCAUGCUCAGCAUCUCAUGAUAGCCAAGGCGAAAUGAUGUUUCUGCAUGCUCGCUCAGCCUCGAGUGAUAGCGUACCUUCUCUGGAUGCCGAUGACAGGUCGGUGCUCUCUAUGGGCAGCCCUUCCACGCCUGGGUCUUUGCGAAGCCGAAAGUCCAAUAGCAAUCUAAAGCGUGACCGGGCUCGGUCAGUGGCGCUCGUGGUGGAAGAUACGACCUUGGACCAUCCGCUCGUGCCUCCGCAGCCCAUUGAUAGCGACGACGACAUCAUCCUUAUCACACCCAGCAGUAGACCGAAAGCGACAAGACCGAAAGCGACCUUUACCUCCAACCUCACCACCUCCCUACGUGCACUAAAGAACGCCACGAUUGGUUCGAUCACAUCCUUCAGCAUCAGCACAAGCAUCUCACCAGCGCAGAGACCGUCGGCUCAGCGCUUCACCGACGACGUACUAUGGGCGCAUCCCUUCCUCUUCCCACAACUUAGCUCAGAGAUCCGGCCGACAGUAGAAGGCACGCCUACGGAGGCACAACGACGCUAUCUCAACCCUCUGCCGCUCAGCUUCGAGGAGCAAGAGGCACCGUUCCAGCAGGCCUUGCAUGCUCCUUACCUGGCUGAGCGCAUUGACGAUGCACCUACCAUUCCCAUGCAGACUUAUACUCGCGCGAGACGGAGAGCAAGCGAGAAGCGCAGCAGCAGUCCCGACCCGAGCACGGAAGCCGGUAGAGCCCUUCUGGCGCUGGCGGGGGUUCGUCAGCGCGAGCCGCGAGAGAAUAGUGACUUUCUGCGAGUGGUGGUGUUGGAGAUGAAUAUGCGGAGAGAAGGCAAGCUGGAUUCUGGAAAGGCACGCAUAUGGUUGCCGCCGAGGCAGGUCACUGGUGUUCUGUCCGAGUCUCCGCUACGCUGCGUCGGCUUGAGCGCGUAUGACUGAAGGCAUUACACUCGAAGGCUUUUGUACCUUAGCACUUAAUGCACAACCAGGUGGCAUGCCAGCUUCCCGGCCGGACCAUCGUUGCUACGGCGUCUUACACUACCCUUGA